AUGAAUGAAAAACAACAUAUUGAAAAUAUUUUCCAUAAGCACUCACAUGAAUCUCGAAUUGACUACAGAAUCAGAUCGAAUGCAUUUGUUGAUUGUAUUAGAUUUCUUCUAAGACAAGGUCUUGUCUUUCGUGGCCACGAUGAGUCUGAGGAUUCAAGCAACCAAGGUAACUUUCUUGAGCUUUUGCAAUUUCUUGAUGCUCCUGGAAACCUCAAAGUAACUUCACCUAAGAUUCAGAAAGACAUUGUAAACGCUACAGCAGUUGAAACAACUGAUGCUAUUAUUAGAGAUAUGGAUGAUUCAUUCUUUUAUAUUUUAAUUGAUGAAUCUUGUGAUGUAUCAGUAAAGGAGCAUAUGGUUGUUAUGUUUCGUUAUAUAGACAAUAAAGGAUGUGUGAUUGAACGGUUCAUAGGUAUUGAAUAUGUUACAAGUACCACAACUAAGUCACUUAAAGCAAGUAUUGAUACAUUAUUUUCUAGACAUAAAUUGAGUAUGUGUAGAUUACGAGGUCAAGGUUAUGAUGGGGCCAGUAAUAUGAGUAGAGAGUUCAAUGGUCUAAAGACACUUAUUAUGAGGGAGAAUGAGUCUGCUUACUAUGUUCACUGUUUUGCACAUCAACUUCAGUUGGCUAUUGUGGGUUUGGCCAAAAAAAGCCUCAUAGGUGCUUUCUUCACCUUAGUUUCUAAUGUGGUAAAUAUUGUUGGAGCAUCAUUUAAGCAUCGUGACAUUCUUCGGGAUAAGCAAGCUCUCAAAGUAGUUGAAGAGUUGAAGCACUAA